GAGGGGCUCCCGGCGAUGGCCGCCUCAGAGGGCGCGAGGUCCCGUCUUCCGCCCUCACCCGCAAUGGCCGCCCGGGCGGGCGGCGCCGCGCGGCACGCUGGGAGGGGCGGGGCCGUGGGCGGGGCCCAGCCCGUGAGGCGAAGCAGCGGCGCUGGCCCGGCCCGGCCCGGCCCGGCCGCCCCGAGGGAGCGCCCGCCGCCGCCAUGUUCUCUUUUAAUAUGUUUGACCACCCCAUCCCCCGGGUGUUCCAGAACCGUUUUUCAACCCAGUACCGCUGCUUCUCGGUAUCCAUGCUUGCCGGACCUAAUGACAGUGUCGAGUGUUGCAGCUUUUGGCCGAGGCAGCGGGAGCAUUGAAAACACGCUGACAGUGCUGAGCGGCCUGGCUCGGGCUCUGAGGAAGGAGGAGGGGUCAUGUUCCCUUGCAUUACUCGUAAUUAUGCCACCAUCAGCUUUGGAUCAACUCAGCCGCCUUAAUAUUACUUACCCCAUGCUGUUCAAGCUGACCAACAAGAACUCAGACCGAAUGACUCACUGUGGAGUGCUGGAGUUUGUGGCUGAUGAGGGCAUCUGUUACCUUCCACACUGGAUGAUGCAGAAUUUGCUGCUGGAAGAAGGAGGCCUGGUGCAAGUGGAGAGUGUGAAUCUGCAAGUUGCUACUUACUCAAAAUUCCAGCCGCAAAGUCCAGAUUUUCUUGACAUCACCAAUCCCAAAGCUGUACUGGAAAACGCAUUGAGGAACUUUGCCUGUCUGACUACUGGGGAUGUGAUUGCCAUCAACUACAAUGAAAAGAUCUAUGAGCUUCGGGUAAUGGAGACCAAACCAGAUAAGGCUGUGUCCAUCAUAGAGUGUGAUAUGAACGUGGAUUUUGAUGCUCCUUUGGGAUACAAAGAACCAGAAAGAAGUGCACAACACGAAGAAACCGCAGAUGUGGAAACAGACCACAGUGGAUAUGUGAGCGAUAUAGGAUUUCGGGCGUUCUCUGGAUCUGGGAAUAGAUUGGAUGGCAAGAAGAAAGGUGUGGAGCCCAGUCCCUCACCAAUUAAACCAGGAGACAUCCGAAGAGGAAUUCCCAACUAUGACUUCAAGAUCGGUAGAAUCACAUUCAUUAGGAAUUCACGUCCACUGGUCAAGAAAGUGGAAGAGGAUGAGUCUGGAAGCCGGUUUAUUGCCUUUUCAGGAGAAGGCCAGUCCCUGCGCAAGAAAGGAAGAAAGCCCUAAGCUGUGAUACCUUCAGCUAGUUAGGGGGAAAAUAAAAUAACAGGUGCAGCAUCUUGGACCUUAAUAAUUGCAGUUGAGAGAUCGUUUUGCAACACAGGAGCACUUAAGAGGUGUUUUGGUUUCAGUUUCAUGUUUAGAGCUGGAGCUGUCAAACUGUCUUAAUUUUCAGUUGAAAAUUAAGUUCUAGGAAUUUGGAAGAAGCUUUUUGUAUGUGUUGUAAAGAGGGGAACGCAGAUCCGUGGUAAACCUGAGAAGCAAAACUAACAAGCUCUACCUUACUAAGGGUCCGGUUCUUAGACUUCAUCUUUCCUUCAUCUCCUGAGUGAUGAUCUCAUGUUGCUCUGUGCUUGGUAUUUUCCUCCCUUUAUAUGUAUUUUGCCACAAUUUCAGAUCAGCUUUUUGGUGUGGUGCAAAUGAAGGGUGACUUCGGUGUUUAGGAUUUUAGUGCAGGGAGUCUCUUUGAGCUUAGCUUCAGGUGUUGGGUUAUUAAUCAUUCUAAGCAAACCCCCUGUAAUUGCUUUUUAUAUUUAUAAUUAAUAACAUGCCUUUUAAUAGUUCUGAUACCAUAACGUAGCGUAGCAAUCUCUUGGCACGUGUAGGGAGAGGAGGGACCCAGCUGCACCGCCCGGUGCGGCUUUGGAAUGGUGUGAGUGUACCCCGUGCGCCCUCUCGCCUGCCGGCGAGCGUACCCGGGCGCAACCCUGCGCUGUCCUGCGAGCCCGAGUAAAAGUUCCUCGUUCCAG